UAUUUGUGUUUCUUUCAUUGGCGUUUUCUACGAGCGGUUGUUUUGACCAGAGAAUAACCAAUCAAUACAAAGUAAUAAAAUUCGAAUCAGACCAAACUGAAGUUUAGAGUUGAAGAACGAACAAAACAAUGGGAGAAAAGGAAGACAAGAAAGACAAGAAAGAGAAAGGCGAGGAAAUCAUCACCGCCGUUUACAAGGUUCACCUUCACUGCCGGAAAUGUGCAUGCGACAUCAAAAAGCCUCUCCUUCGUUUUCAAGGGGUUCAUGGAGUGGAUGUUGAUUUGGAGAAGAACGAAAUCAAAGUAAAAGGGAAAAUAGAAGUGGUGAAGAUUCACAAGCAAAUCGAGAAAUGGAGCAAGAAAAAAGUUGAACUGAUCUCUCCUAAAUCCUCUGAGGUUAAGAAAACCAGCACAACAACUACAACUACUUCUGUGGUAGAGAAGAAAACCACCGAGGUCAAAAAGGAUGUUAUUCGCGAGACAGUACUAAAGGUACACAUUCAUUGCGCCAAGUGUGACCAAGAUCUUCAGAACAAACUCUUGAAGCACAAAGCUAUUCACAUUGUGAAAACUGAUACAAAGGCUCAAACUCUAACGGUACAAGGGACGAUAGAAUCUGCAAAACUUUUAACUUAUAUAAGGAAGAAAGUUCACAAACAUGCAGAGAUAGUAAGCUCAAAGACAGAAGAAGAAAAGAAAAAGGAAGAAGAGGAAAAGAAAAAGAAGAAGGAAGAAGAGGAAAAGAAGAAAAAGGAAGAAGAGGAGAAAAAGAAGAAAGCAGAGGUCAAAGUAGAAGUUACCAAAACGACUACUCAAAUUGUGGAGUUCAAAGAGAAAGAGAAAGUGAAAGUUGAGGCCCAGAAAGAUAAAGAUGGAAACAUACCUUACUUCGUCCAUUACGUCUACGCUCCACAGUUGUUCAGUGAUGAAAACCCUAAUGCUUGUUGCAUUGUCUAGUUACAUUGUUAAAUGUUCGUAAUGUCGUUGAGAAAUUAUACAAUAAACCCUCAAGUAAAAUAUAAUGAUACAAAUCAGAAUGAUGUGCAGACAUGCUGCUGUAUUAAUUUGUAUAUAUU